AUGUGGGGAGCAAAAGAUAUUACUCGAUGUUUGGAUGACUUUCGUUUAGUUGCUAAUUCAUCAAGAUCAUUUGAUUUUGAUGAUCCAUCAAGUAUGAAUGAUACAGACUAUUUGACGAUUACUGGUCUUAAUAAAGGAUCUUAUCAAAUUCAUCGGGCAACAUCAUAUAUUCAGGAUCAUUUAAAAGAAGCUUACUAUAAUCCAAAUCAACUUAUAUUUUACGUCGAGAUGCCCGAAGGUUUCGAUGAUCUCGUUCGCACCAGAUUUCAAUCUCGACACAGUAAUAGCAAAUCAUACAUGUCAACUAUUCAAUUCGAUAACAACAAUACAAAUAAUCCUAUUCAAGGAUGGUGUUGCUCUUGUACUGUCGGCCUACGUGUUGUGGGCUGCUGCUCACAUGUAUGUGCUUUACUUUGGCAUCUCGGAGUUAACCGAGGGAUUAUUACUGAUACCACAAAUCCUCUUUUAGCGUCUAAUUUUAUGGCUCUUGUUGAAGAUAGUAUGACAUUUUCUGACAAUGAGGACAAUUCAGAUGAUGAUAAUAAUAUUAAGUACAGUUUAUCCAAUGAUUCAACCGAUGCUAGCAAUGAUGAAACGUCGGACACAGAAACAGAAGAUUGA